AUGGAAGGAAGAAAUGUUGCCGUUUGCUUUCUAUUUUACCUCUUGAUAUCUUCGCAAUGCGCUUUUGAUAACGUCUCCUCUGUCGCCACGGUAAGACUUCUAAGUAAACAAGAAAAUUUGCUUUCUUUGAACAACGCAAAAAUUGUACUGCGAACAAAUUAAAGCAAUUAGUUUUCGGUUGUUGAAUUUGAAAGUGUUUUAGUGGAGAAAACAGAGAGCUUCUUUUAGAACUAUUUAAAUGUUUUAUCCAAAGCGGCGGAGGACCAAGCUGGCUUCAUGUUUAUGCUUAAUUUGAUACUGAAUAUUGCCAGGCUUGUGAUGAGGCCGGUCUUGCUCUUUAAUUUCACUAGAUUUUGAAAUGAUUUGUUUGUAAAUACUGGGAAAACCUAGUUUCUAAUUACAACUAACACUCGCUCUACGCCUGCGGCAGACAGAGGAGCUAGGCCAUUAUCAGAGACUGUCCACGAGAGGGUUUAUUUUAAAAACGCGCACCCCUCGCGUGAGUAAAGCCUUACCUAGAGAGAAUGAUAAUGAACUUAGAGGAUCUUAAAAAAGGCUUCAUCAAUUCUGUGUCAUAUGUAUGGUCAAUGAUAAUCAUCAAUUUGUUUAUUUUCUACUAUGGCAGUCCACAGGGCAGAAUAAAAUAAUAACGAUUCCCGCUGAGAGCCAAUUCAGUUAUUAUAUUUUACGACCAUCAACACAAAAAAAUGUUUUCUCCACCAAUUUCUACUAUGAAAUAGAACCCUAACACUUGCUUGCAAGGGUCACCUGGCCUUCCUGGACGCAACGGAGUUAAUGGACAUGACGGGUCACCAGGCCGCGACGGCCGAGAUGGAGCUAAAGGUGAAAAGGGCGUGGCAGGUCCUCCUGGUCCACGUGGUGAGAAGGGAGAAAGGGCACCAAGUGGAACAGACACCGAUCACAGAAACUGGAAACAGUGCGCGUGGAGGUACUACGACGGGCGUGACAUUGGACUGAUUAAGGUUUGUCGAUUCUAAAAUUAGUGCGAUGAACGACUACAGUCAACUUUGGUUUGGUUAGAUGAUAAUUAUAAGGUUAUAGGAUGGAAAGUUACUGUCCAUUGGCACCAUUAUGGGCUGAGGAAGAUUCUUUUGAACAGAGAUGUAAAUCAAUAAUUGAGUUUUAAUUUGUUGUUGCAGGAUUGUCAGUUCACUAAAACCAAGGAUGAUACUGCUCUCCGUGUUGUUUACCAGGGAAAUGUCUAUUUGGGAGGGUGUGCUCUCUGCUGUAAGCGAUGGUUCAUCACUUUCAAUGGAGCCGAGUGCAGUGGUCCCCUGCCUAUUGACGCAGUACUGUGGAUCCGAAAUAAAUACGAAGACAACCACAGACCCGGGUUGAUUGAGGGGGAUUGA